AUGGUACAAAUUUAUCAAGAUGAUAUAUUGUAUAAAUUAAGGAAUCUUUAUCCUAGACAAAGAAUGCCAUUACUUUAUUCUGUUAACCAUUCUUAUGGUUGGAGAAUAAUUUCUGAAAAUGAAGAACAUACAAAAAGUAUUUGUUCAGAACAUUUCAAUAUUAUUAAAGAUGGCGAAAAUGAAAACUAUUUGACAUGUCUUGCGAUCUCCGAAAAUAUUGGCAUGGUCGUAAUAGGUUCAGGAAGUAAAGACGGGUUACUCUAUUUUAUAAAAGACAUGUCAGCUAUUAAGGAUGAUUUUCAGUCAGGGACAAGGUUUGAACUUAUCCAUAAAGAAGUACUUCAUUUACCUAUUUAUUCACUUGACUGGGUUGGAAGUUAUCUUUUAGUUGGGACGAACCAAGGAAUAAUAAGAGUUUAUAAAGUAGAGCUUGAGGAUGAUGAUACAUUGAAAGCUUUUACAAUGAUAGGACAAUACACAAACCCAUUGCCUAAGCCUUCACUAUACUCUCCUUCUUAUAAUAUAAACACACACGUUAAAGCAGUGGAAUUUGUACCCAAUUAUAAUUCAGCAAUACCGAAUCAAUUUUUAUCAACUACGGCAAAUCGAUUAAUUAUUUGGAAAUUACAAAAUGAAGAAGAACCAUUGAGAUCUUUUGAGCCAAGCCAGUUCUUACUGAACUGUGCAAGUUGGUCCCCUAAUGAUCCUCAAACACUUGUAGUUUGUGGUGGUUACGACAAAAGAUUAAGUAUUAUUGAUACACGAACUUCAUCUACAGAAAGCCCUGACGGUCUAGUUUGGAGUGCAGAAAAUGCACACGAUAGACCAAUUACGGAUGCAAAGUUUAACCCAUUUAUUCCUUAUUGGCUCGCUUCUGCUGGUGAAGAUGCUAUAGUUAAUAUAUGGGAUAUAAGGGCCACUUAUCAUGCACCAGUUGCGAAAAUUGAUGGCAAUGAUGGCAUUGUUACUUCGAUUUGUUGGUCUAAUAUUUGA